CCUGUAAUGACUCCUCCUUCCUAAAGUGAGAGAGUUUCUCACUCAGACUCGACUCCAUUUUUGAAGUAUUCGGAACAUUUAAGGCAGAGACGGUGAUUAAUGUCACACAUCAAGAACUAGUGACUAAACGUGAAUGAUUUUCUCUAUUAUAAAUGACUUUACAUAAGAAGAAUCCGGAGAUAUUGUAAAUAAAACUCGUGUAAAAUCAGCAGUAGGAAAUCUGCGGCGGUGAGGUACAGGUACAACCUUACCUGUAAAACAGGUUUAUAUCGGGAGUGUGAUCUAUUCCAGCAGAAGAGAUCAGACUCUUCAGGACUCAGCUGUGUGUUUGUAGAAACUUUACUAAUAUUCAGAGAUGGAGACUCCUGAUCUGGACACAGAUAAUAUUUCCCCACCAUCAAACAACUGUAAACUCCAGGGAGAGAGAUCAGAAUCACCAGCACCCAGCUGUAUCUCCAUGAAGAGUGAUGAGUGUAUGGGUCAUCCUCUGGAGUUUAAAGAUGGAGACUCCUUACUUCUACACAGAUUGCUACAGAAGGUGGAAGAGAGAGUGAACAAUAAAAUCCUCACAGAUACAGGGAACGACCCUGAUCCUGCUGCUGUAAAUGAAGUCCAGAAAAAGUUCAGAUUAAAUCUGAUGAAGAAGUUUCAGUGUUUGAAUGGAGUGAUAAUAAACCUGGGAACCCAAACACUCCUGAAUGAGAUCUACACAGAGCUCUACAUCACAGAGGGAGACAGUGGAAAAGUCAAUAAUGAACAUGAGGUGAGACAGAUGGAGGCAGCGUCCAGGAGAACAACAACAGAGGAAACACCAAUCAAAUGCAAUGACAUCUUUAAGCCUUUAUCUGAACAAGACAAACCCAUCAGAACUGUUCUGACAAAGGGAGUCGCUGGCAUCGGAAAAACAGUCUCUGUGCAGAAGUUCAUUCUGGACUGGGCUGAAGGGAAAGCCAAUCAGGACGUCCACCUCAUAUUUCCACUUCCUUUCAGAGAGCUGAAUUUGAUGAAGGACCAGAAACUGAGUCUGAUGGAGCUCCUUCAUGUCUGUUUUAAGGAAACAAAAGAAACAGAAAUGUCCAGUUUGGAAAAGGUUCUGUUCAUUUUUGACGGAUUGGAUGAGUGUCGUUUUCCUCUAGAUUUCCAGAACACAGUGAAAGUGUGUGAUGUAACUGAAUCAGCAUCAGUGCAGGAGCUGCUGAUAAACCUGAUCAAAGGGAAUCUGCUUCCCUCUGCUCUCAUCUGGAUCACCUCCCGACCUGCAGCAGCUGAUCAAAUCCCCUCUGAGUGUGUGCAUCGAGUCACAGAGGUACGAGGGUUCAGUGACCCUCAGAAGGAGGAGUACUUCAGGAAGAGAAUCAGUGACCAGAGCCUGGCCAAUAACAUCAUCACACACCUGAAGUCAUUAAGAAGCCUCUACAUCAUGUGCCACAUCCCAGUCUUCUGCUGGAUUUCAGCCACUGUUCUAGAGAGAAUGUUGGGUGAAGCAGAGAGUGGAGAGAUCCCCAAGACUCUGACUCAAAUGUACACACACUUCCUCAUCAUUCAGACAAACAUCAUAAGAGAAAAAUACUCCAAGAAGCAGGAGAGUGAUGAAGAAAUGCUUCUUAAACUGGGACAACUGGCUUUUCAGCAGCUGAAGAAAGGGAACCUGAUCUUCUAUGAGGAAGACCUGAGAGAGUGUGGCAUUGAUGUGAGAGAAGCAGCAGUGUACUCAGGUGUGUGUACACAGAUCUUCAGAGAGGAGUUUGGGCUUCACCAGAGUAAAGUGUACUGCUUUGUUCAUCUGAGCAUUCAGGAGCAUCUCGCAGCUCUGUAUGUGCACCUGACCUUCAUGAUGAAGAAGAGAAAUGUUCUGAAACAGAAUCAGGUCUCUAAAGGGUGGAAAAGUCUAUAUAAAAAAUUUCCAAUCUCAGAUGUACACAAGAGUGCUGUAGAUCAGACUUUAGAAAGUCAGACUGGACAUCUGGAUCUUUUCCUCUGCUUUCUUCUGGGUCUUUCACUGAAUCACUCACUCUCAUCUUUUACUUUCACCGAUCAGAAACUCUUACAUGCUUUAGUAACACAGACAGGAAGUAGCUCCCAGAGCACAAAGGCAACAGUUCAGUACAUUAAGAAGAAGAUCAGUGAAGGUCUUCCUACAGAGAAAUCCAUCAAUCUGUUCCACUGUCUGAAUGAACUGGGUGAUGAUUCUCUAGUGGAGAAAAUCCAACUCUACCUGAAAUCUGGAAAACAAAGUGACCUCUCUUCUUCACAGUGGUCUGCUCUGGAGUUUGUGUUACUGACCUCAGCACAGGAGCUGGAAGAAUUUGACCUGAGUAAAUAUUUCAGUACAGAUAAGAUAACAGAAACUGUUGUUCUGAAGAUGAUGCCUGUGAUUGCAGCAUCCAGAAAAGCAAUUAUCAGCUGUGAUUCACUUGGAGUGAAAAGUUGGUCAGCUCUGGACUCAGCACUCAGAUCAGAAACCUCCAAUCUGAGAGAACUGCAUCUGACUGUGAAAACACUGGAUCUGACCUGGUAUAAACUAGGAAAGUCAGGGGUGAAAAGUCUCUCUGCUGGACUGGAGAAUCCUCACUGUAAUGUGGAGACACUGAGGUUGUAUGAGUGUGGAGUCUCAGGUGAAGGCUGUGCUGCUCUGACUUCAGCUCUGAUAUCAAACCCCUCACACCUGAGAGAACUGGAUCUGUCCUUUAAUAAUCUAGGAGACUCAGGAGUGAAGAGUCUCUCUGCUGUACUGGAGAAUCCUCACUGUAAACUGGAGAUACUGUGGUUGUGGGAGUGUGGUGUCUCAGAUGAAGGCUGUGCUGCUCUGACUUCAGCUCUGAGAUCCUCACACCUGAAAGAACUGGAUCUGUCCAGGAAUAAUCUAGGAGACUCAGGAGUGAAGAGUCUCUCUGCUGCACUGGAGAAUCCUCACUGUAAACUGGAGAUACUGGGGUUGUAUAAUUGUGGAGUCUCAGAUGAAGGCUGUGCUGCUCUGACUUCAGCUCUGAGAUCAAACCCCUCACACCUGAGAGAACUGGAUCUGUCCUGUAAUAAAUUAGGAGACUCAGGAGUGAAGAGUCUCUCUGCUGUACUGGAGAAUCCUCACUGUAAACUGGAGAAACUGGAGUUGAGUGGUUGUGGUAUCUCAGAUGAAGGCUGUGCUGCUCUGACUUCAGCUCUGAGAUCAAACCCCUCACACCUGAGAUACCUGGAUCUGUCCUGUAAUAGACUAGGAGACUUGAGAAAGAAGCUGCUCUCUGCUCUUAAGAAUAAUAAACAUUACAAACUACAGUAUCUGAGGCUGUAAUGAAUAUCUGUGUGUGAUGAAGACUCCAGUGUUCCUGCAUGUUGGGGAAUAGAGAAGAUGUUUAGAAACACAUCAGUCAUUUAGUUCUAACACAUUAAACAGAUUCAGAGAAGUGAGAAGUGUGUGUUCAUCAUGCAGAGUGAAUCAGACUGUACACAAUUCUACACUGAGUGUAUAACAACCUCUGAUCCCUGGAUAAAAUUCCCUGGAUCUCAAUCCCAUAAAAACCUGAAGGAUUAUUUAGAACAGCAUGUGAAAAACCACACAAACUCGAGCUGAACCCAGUCAGUGGAAGAGAGAAAUAAAAUGGACAGGAACAGUUUAAGGACAUUGGUGGAAUUCUCACCUGAUAGAAUUGGAGUUUAUCUGAUGAGUUCAUCUGAGGAGUUCAAUUCAAUUCAAUUUAUUUGUAUAGCGCCUUUUACAAUGGACAUUGUCUCAUAUCAGCUUUUACAAAAGAAGAGAACAAAAAAGGAGAGAAAAAAAAUAUUAAAUUAAAUUAUUCUAUUUUAUCCCUAAUGAGAAGCCUGUGGUGACGGUGGCAAGGAACAACUCUCUGAUAUGAUAUGAGGAAGAAACCUUGAGAGGAACCAGGCUCAGAAGGGAACCCAUCCUCAUUUGGGUGACACUAAACAGUAAAUAAUGUAACUGUAACUGAUUAAUGUCCUUUCUUCAACAGCAGUCAAUGACCCAUGAGGAACUAUUAGGUCAGUGUAGUUUCUAUGGUCAUUAUAGACACUAAUUCCUUGCUGUCACAAGCUGACAGAUGAAAUGGCAGAUCUGUGAUGGUGUGAAAGUCCCCAAGUGUCUCUGUCCACGGCUGUCUCCUGGGUCACAGGCUGUCCACACAGAUCCAUCCACACCAUCAGUGAGCACCACCAAGUGACCAGACUCUGACCAGGGGUAGAGGCAGUGGUCACACUGGAAACUCAGAACACUGGGAGCUCAAGAUUGGGAUGUAUAGCUCCACAGAGAGAGAAGGGGAGAGAGAGUGAGAGAGAGAGAAGGAUAUUAUGUAUGCAUGCUUGUGAUCAUGUGAUGUUUAAAGACAAUGUAGAAUUAAGUGUAAAGUGCAGGCAGGGACUCCGGCAAGACUAGCUAUGACAUCAUAACUAAGAUGGAGAGCCAGAAGGUCACAGACAUGAAGGCUUCCCGGGACAUAAAGCAUCCAACCACUUCAGUCAGUGACCUGAGUGACUUGUGAGGGUGGUAAGAUGACAGCAUCCAACACAUCCCAGUCACCAAACACUCUAUGACCAUGAACCUUCCAGAUCUGCUCCUUUACCUAAGAAAACUAUACAUUAAAAGCUCGACUAAACAAAUGUGUCUUCAGCCUAGACUUAAACAUUGAGACUGUGUCUGAAUCCCCAACACUAAUUGGAAGGCUGUUCCAUAACUGUGGGGCUUUGAAAGAGAAAGCUCCGCCCCCUGCUGUAGCCUUUGCUACUUGAGGUACUACCAAGUAACCAGCACCCUUUGAUCGGAGUAGGUGUGGCGGAUCAUAAAAGAUCGCUCAGGUACUGCAGCACAAGACCAUUUAGUGCUUUAUAGGUUAGUAACAGUAUUUUAUAAUCAGUGCAAAAUUUGACUGGGAGCCAAUGUAGUGUGGCUAAUGUAGCGGUAUUACAUAGGGUCUGGGCUGAAAUAACCCAACAACCUUUCUUCCCAAAAUUAAAUUUGAGCUAUUGCUGAAUAUAACCGACUAUGCCAUCCCGGGGGCCUAUUACCGGGGACUCACCCUUCACUUAAGUUCACAGGACACACAGGUUUAGUUACGGCUGAGUCAGGUAUCAGACGGAGUUGACAACACAAUAAAUUUUAUUUCAGAUAGCAGAUAAAAUCAGUUUACAUAAAACAACCAGAAAAUCGCCAUUUUUACCUCUCCAGAAUUGGGUGCUGGUCUCCCUAAGCCAGAGGACACCAACUCAUGUGCACCCCAACACCACAGCACAUACACAACACCACUGUGAGCACUGCAGCUGUCAGAUACACCACCACCACCAUCUUUGGCCACCCCUACUCUGAAGGGAAAGAUAGCACAUUUCAGUUUUCAGACAUUUACACACACACACACCAUUCAUUCCCAAACCAAAAAAAAGUUUACAAUUAUUAGCAUGACAGGUACCAUGAACAAAAAAAAAAGGAAAGGAAAA